ACAAGAGGAACGACUUCAUGUUUAUGAUGACGUCACGACGACUGCAGCAUUUGUCCCCGCCCCCUCCACUUUCACGUCAAAAUGGCGGCGGAGAGAUGCGAUUCUGUGAACAUGGACCACGACAUCGAACUCCUCAGCGACGAGGAACUGGAACGGGAAGCAGAUUGCUACAAAGAGCAAGGCAACGCUUUCUACAUCCAGAAGGAUUACGCUGAAGCCUUAAAUUAUUACACUAAGGCCAUCGACAUGUGUCCAAAGAACGCCAGUUACUAUGGCAACCGAGCAGCCACGUUGAUGAUGCUGUGUCGGUACCGCGAGGCUUUGGAGGAUUCCCAGCAAGCAGUGCGUCUGGAUAACUCCUUCAUGAAGGGCCACCUGCGAGAGGGCAAGUGUCACCUGUCCCUCGGGAAUGCCAUGGCAGCCUCGCGCUGUUUCCAGAAGGUUCUGGAGCUGGAGGCCGACAACAGCCAAGCACAGCAGGAGCUGAAGAGUGCCGAGUCCAUCCUGGAGUACGAGCGGAUGGCAGAGAUCGGCUUCGACAAGCGAGACUACCGCAUGGUGGUCUUCUGCAUGGACAGAGCCCUGCAGUCGGCCUCGGCCUGCCAUCGCUUCAAGAUACUCAAAGCUGAGUGCUUGGCUUUGCUGGGACGCUACCCGGAGGCUCAGUCCGUGGCCAGUGACAUUUUAAGAAUGGACUCCACCAACGCAGAUGCGCUGUAUGUGCGCGGCCUUUGUCUGUAUUACGAGGACUGCAUCGACAAGGCGGUCCAGUUCUUCGUGCAGGCCCUCCGCAUGGCUCCGGACCAUGAGAAAGCGCGGCUUGCUUGUAGAAACGCCAAGGCACUGAAGGCCAAGAAGGAGGAAGGCAACAAGGCGUUCAAGGAGGGCAGCUUCGAUGCCGCCUACAUCCUCUACUCUGAGGCGCUGACAAUAGACCCCAACAACAUCAAGACCAACGCCAAGCUGUACUGUAACAGAGCCACUGUGGGCGCCAAAUUGAAGAAAGUAGAACAGGCCAUCGAAGACUGCACAAAGGCCGUUAAGCUGGAUGAGACCUACAUCAAGGCCUAUUUGCGGCGAGCGCAAUGCUACAUGGACACGGAGCAGUACGAAGAGGCGGUUCACGACUACGACAAAGUCUACCAGACAGAGAAGACCAAAGAGCACAAGCAGCUGCUCAAACACGCUCAGCUGGAGCUGAAGAAAAGCAAGAGAAAAGACUAUUACAAGGUGCUCGGCGUGGAGAAGAACGCCACCGAUGAGGUGAUCAAGAAGGCGUACCGCAAACGGGCGCUCUUGCAUCACCCAGAUCGCCACAGCGGCGCCAGCACAGAGGUGCAAAAGGAGGAAGAGAAGAAGUUCAAGGAGGUGGGCGAGGCCUUCAGCGUGCUUUCGGAUCCCAAGAUGAAGUCACGCUACGACAGCGGACAGGACCUGGAGGACGAGGGCAUGAACAUGGGCGAUUUCGACGCCAACAAUAUUUUCAAGGCGUUCUUUGGCGGUCCAGGAGGUUUUAGUUUUGAAGCCUCCGGACCAGGAAAUUUCUUCUUCCAGUUCGGUUAACCGGUCUGCUUUCCCGCUGGUCCGGCACUAUGUCAGGACUUGUCGAUGCGCGCCGCCCCUCCACCCACCCCGACCCGCCGUCUGUAUCCUUGAGCAGAUGCGGAUCCUCGUCAUCUACGCCACUGACGCAAUGCAACCACACAUACAGACACAGGCACCAUCCAAACACAGAAAAGCCGUACAUGGAAGACAUUUGAAGUGAACAUCGUGCAGCUACUUUUUUUGUUUUGUUUUUUUUUUUUUGUUAGGGGCGCCAUGUGGGAAGUCAAGACUGCUUCCCCCUCUGCAUGAAACCACAACCGCCAUUUUCUUAUUUAAAGUAUCUCAUCGGGACGGUCGCUGAACGGUGUCCUCGCCAGCGUCCAUUGUGUGUAUGGAAUCCCACUUUUUAUAUUUGACAUCUACAGAUUGUGGAGUUGCACAUGUGACUGGAAUGUAUUAUGUUUUUUUUUAAUUAUUUGUUUAUUUUAUUUUUUGGGGGGGGUCAUCAUUUUUCAAUAUUUAUUGUAGUUUUAUUUUAUUUAUUUUUUUCUUCCCCCCACAGCGCCAGUCACAGCUUCUUAUCCAAGAAACAAAUCACAAGGAAGAUAUCAUUUUCCAAGCAUUAAAAUGCAACACAACUAAUGGAUGGGAGGAUAUUUAGAAUGUUGCGUAAAAAAAAAAAAAUCGGGUCCAGACGUACUUCCUGAUGACGUUAAUAAGGUGGGAAAAAUAGGGGCGUCCUCACCUUUGUUCUCAUUGUCAUUUUGGUGAAACCUUCCUGUUUUUAUCAACCAUGUCAAUAAAAUAGAGGCCUCACCUGC